GUGCUAUUCAUUUGAGAAUCAAAAGAAAGACAAUGGCCAAAGUUCCAUCUGUGUAUAUAUUACUCCUAUUUAUAUAUGCAGCCGCACAAAGUUUGGGAAAUGAAACUGAGGAUCAACGGAAUAGUGAAGUAAUUACGAAUAGAACUGGUGCAGAAUCUUUGCUACACAGGCGAGUUGAAAAUGAUCAUAAACCAAUAUAUGACAAUGGAGAUGACGGGGCAAUAAUCAAAAUGAGUCGAAAUGUUGAUGAAAAUAGAGCGGAGGAAAGUAUACCACAGUGUAAAAAUUUUUCAGACAAUAUAGGAGAGCUGAAUUGUAAUGGUUCAAACUUCCAUUACAAUUGCUACCAAGUGACCGGCAUACAUCACGUUGGACUCUAUAUUACCUUUGAUAUACUUUAUGAUAAUUACUUCUAUCGAUUGCAAGUGGCGAUGAACAAUAAGCAAUUGACCAGAAAAAUCAUGAAUGGCAGCAUAGGAAAGUUAAAAUAUGGAAUACGGGGAAUACCAAUUGUGACGCUCAGCGUGUAUGAUGUCGUCGCAACUCCAAGCUGCCGACAUUUCUGUGCUGACGUUACUACGACUGUAAGAGGGGAAUUGGCCGUGAGAAAGCUUGGUUGCUUCAUCGACUAUUAGUGUCGGAAACCACCACCACCACGAUGGCGAUGAUGAUAAAGAUGAUGAUGAUGAUGAUGAUGAUGAUGAUGAUGAUGAUGAUGAUGGUGGUGGUGGUGGUGGUGGUGGUGGUGGUGGUGGUGAUGAUGAUGAUGAUGAUGAUGAUGAUGGUGAUGAUGAUGAUGAUGCCGACGAAGAUUUCGACGCUGAUGGUGAUGAUGACGAUGAUGACGUCAAAGACUACGAUAAAAGACAAGAACGUCGAUUAUGAUGAUAAGAUGCGUUCCGUCUAAAGAGAAAUGAGAAAAACCAGGGUAAUGGUGAUGUGUGUUGUUGGUACCAUCGUGUUUCACCAUUGAAAGUCCCUUAUCCUCCACUCUAUCUCAUCAUCGCCACCGUCGCCGUCGUCGCCGUCGUCAUCAUAAUCAUUGUUGUUAUCAUGUUCUACACACAACACGAACACAUACCUCAUACAUACACAUUAACAGAUUUGUGUGUUUCAGUUGGUACAUGCAUACAUGCAAAUAUAUAUGUGUGUGUAUAUGUAUGCAUUUAUAUAUGUAUAUAUGCAUGUAUGCAUGCAUAUAUGUAUAUAUGUAUAUAUAUAUUAUAGAUAGCUAGAUAGUUACAUACGUGAUCACAAUCGUACCAGUUAUAGGCACGCAUGUGCAGAAGGCAGUGUGACAAUAAUAAAGAUAUGUUAUGGCGAAAGUGUGGAUAACUUUUGACUUACUCUCGAAUAUAUAUAAGCAUAUAUACGAAAAUGUCUCAAUAAAAUGCAUUUUUUUUACUCACGUAAAUGUCACAUUGUGAAAAUAUACACUCAUAUUUUUAUGUAAAAAUAUUACAUUAAGACAUUUGUUACGUGAGGACAAU